AUGCAACAGAAUCGAACCAUUGUCACCAGAGCUGGAAAUGAUCAAUCUAACCUAGAGGAGUAUGCCGAAGGACCAUUGAGGCUCGGAAUGCUUAUCCUCUCCAAAAUUCUACCACGACAGCCAAGUCAACAUAGUCGACGUGUUCCACAGCCCAGAAUACGGCGGCACGGUGUUAUCUCGCCAGAAACAAUUGCCAACGUCAGAAUUCUGCUUAAAGAAGUCCAGAAAGAUACGCCUGAAUUUGCUGGAGUCAAGGACUACGAGUCUGCGAAGGAAGCAAAGGAUGGAGCACCCCGAAUUCAUGGAAGAGAGGACGAUGAUGCUGUCAAAGAGGUCUGGAAUGAGGCUCGGAUUUUCGAUAUCGAGACUGUUGAAUGCCUUGUAGACGAAAAUGUUUUGCCUGAGGCGGUCAGCAAUAGAAGGGCCACAAUGAAAGGUUGGACUCAAAGGAGAGAAGAGACCAGCCACGCAGUGGUGUUGACAAAAAUCACAAAGUAG